GGGAAAGCCCUCCGCGAGUCUUCUCUGGCAUCACUACUCUCAAGACUGGACUCAGCCGAAAUCAUUGCGGUCUAUUCCAUCCGCAACAAGAUCCGUCGCUAUCAACAGGAGUUCGCUGUGGUUAUGGUUGGCCAUUCAUAUUUUUGCACCUGCCUCUUGCUGCAAACUAUGGGGAUUGUGUGCAGGCACUCCUUUUGCGUGACGCAAGGGGACAGCAGGUGGAAGUACAGGAUCAGCCUCGUUCUCAAGCGCUGGUUCAGGGAGCAGUGGCAGGAUCUCGAAGGUUUCGAGACGAAAGUUGGUUCAGAGCUCCUAGUUGCCUAUCCGCAUUACAUCGCCUCCACCAGGACGGAGGAUCACCCCGCCAACACUUGUGCGAGGAGUGUGCACAUCUUGUUCUCUACAGAAUCCUCGACGCCGCAGCCAAGGAAGGAGGACGGUACAGGGAUCGCAAGAGAGCUGGCCAUCAGGGGACAACUGAUCCAGCAGUUCAUGAUGAAGCGAUACAAACGCUCAACAACCUCUCAAUCUCGCUGAAACGGAGACAGGGGUUCAUGGAGCUACAGGGCGCGUCUGACAACGAAGCAGGUCUUGAUGUUCGCGACCAUCCAAAGAAUUCCAUCCUGCUGAAACAGACCUUGAACAAUAAACGAGU